UUAUCUCGAAAGAGUGCAUCAAACCCUCUUCCCCAACACCUCAGCACCUGAGAACCCACAAGCUCUCCCUCUUGGACCAGUUCGUUCCUUCCAUUUAUGUACCCAUGAUCCUCUUCUAUCCCAUCCACCCAAACCCAACAGCUUCUGCUAAUUCUGGUAAUACUUGCCAAAGGUCAAAACUGCAAAAGCAAUCCCUUUCAGAAACCUUGACUAGCUUCUACCCACUUGCCGGAAGAAUUAGAGACAAUCUCUCUAUUGAUUGCAAUGACGAGGGGGCUAGUUACACAGAGGCAGAAGUCGAGUCCAUAAAUCUCUCCGAGUUCCUCAACCAUCCUGAUGUCACAUUACUCGGUCAGUUCCUUCCAUCCGGUGCUAGUUUCACUGAAUCAGCAGGUCCAGGAGAUCACUUAGCUAUGAUCCAAGUCUCCAACUUUGCAUGCGGUGGUUUUGCUGUUGGUGUCUUGGUUUCACAUAUGGUUGUUGAUGGAACAGCAUUGAGCACUUUUCUUAAAGCUUGGGCUGCAAGGUUUCGUAAGGCUCCUGAAUCUGAUAUAUGUAAGCCUAGUUUUGAUGCCUCAUCUGUGUUUCCUCAAAGUGAUGCAUUCCCAAGAGAAGCAACUAUUAUGGCUUUAUGGAUCCCCUUUCUGAGAAUGGGAAAGUGUGCUUCAAGGAGAUUUGUGUUUGAUGCCACAGCUAUUGCCGCACUAAAGGCCAAAGCAACAGCCAGUAGUGCCUCAAGCUCAAGCGUGCAAAAUCCAACUCGUGUAGAGGUUGUUACAGCACUCAUCUGGAAAUGCAUUAUGGCUGCGUCUGCCUUCAACACCGAAAAUAUUGAUGGUGGGCAGAGGCAGAAGAGGUUAAGUUUGAUAACUCACGCAGUCAAUUUGCGUCGAAGAGCUGUGCCACCCUUUUCAGAAAACUGUAUGGGAAAUUUUCUCUUCACAGCUGCAGCUACUUCAUGCAGCAGCAACGCUCAAGGGUUAGAACUGGGAAGCUUGGUGAUUUGGAUUAGGGAAGCAAUAAAGAAACUAGAUGGAAAUGUUGUCCAAAGCCUACAAGGGGAUGGAGGGGUCGCCAAAAUGUGUGAGCUUUCAAAAGAGAUGGGUGAUACUUGCUCUGAUGCAGCAUCUGAUGGUGCUUUGGAUUAUAUAUGUUUUACCAGCUGGUGCAACUUUGGUCUGUAUGACGUUGAUUUCGGGUGGGGAAAGCCUAUAUGGAUGUCUUGUGUUGGUGCAGACAAUGCUCCGCAAUCCGUGUUCAUGAAUUCAGUCCUUUUAACAGAUACAAGGUCUUGUGAUGGAGUUGAGGCCUGGAUUUAUCUAGGUGAACAAGAGAUGGCAAUAUUAGAACAUGAUGACAGCUUUCUUGCUUUUGCUUCUAUUGAUCAUAGUCCUCUUGAACUUGGUAACACUGUUUCUCAUCCAUGAAAGAUCGGCCGUCCCCACUCAUUGUAACUGGAAAAUGUUUCAUUAGUGUGAAGUAUAAUCGCAUUGUACCAGAGUAACCAAUAAAAA